AGGAUGUCCGCACCGUUUUAACUGCAGGCUGAAUUGUGGCCCGACCAAAACUUACGCUACCAACAUGGAAGCGACACUCAGCCUGUCCCGUGCGUUACCGAUUCUCUUCGCUUGCGCUUGCUUGCCCGUGAGCCAUCAUCGCUCGAUAGCUGUCGUCUGCCAUGCCCCAUGUGUCUCGCGAUGCUUCCUCUCACUUUUCGCCCUGCCAGUGAAGAUCAUCUUUCUGUGCCGCGCCACAUCAAGUCAGCCACAUGGCUGUGCAAUCCUGUUGUCAACCUUUCGCCUGGUGCUACGGUUUUUGUUUUUGCUUCGGAUCGCUUGUCGCUCACACAUGCACGCUUGCAAAAGCGGAAAGCGUGCCCACAGUGUGUGGCUGGAAACGCAUCCCCGCAAACGCUGCAGCGCUGACUCGAGCCCUUCACGGCAAUCUUCGAUCUCGUCCUCAGCAGCACGAACUGUGGCUCGAUCAUCCUUUCUUCCAAAAACUCGAGCGUUGUCUCCGAUGUCACCAGCUCCGAAGCUUACGUUGCAGCCCAGGCCAGCAAAUCCGACUAGCACGCUUUUGAGAAUUGCCGACUCGACCCUUUCUCACGCCCCCCUUUUGCCCUUUCUGAUACGCAGACUGCCGCUGUCGCAUCUCGCAAGCAGUUGCGGGUAAGGCAGACUGCUGACCUUUCUAUUGCUGCUGUGACGUAGAGCGACCUCCCUGACCGGUGCCCGAGACCACCACACGCGGGUCUACGCAUACAAUCUUCCCCGAGUGCUGUUGUCACUACACUGCAUGCUUUUCAAUCUCACCCUGCAUCAGAGGCGGAUUGCGUCUACGAUGGUAAUUCGCCGAUACAGCCACAGCUGCUUUCGUUCCUUGACAUACGAUGCUGCCGCUCUAUCAUCGAUACCAUGCCCUACUUCUUCUAGAACACACUUUUCUCUGCCGUCUCUCUUCUCCA